AGAAGCGAGGAGCGAGGCGCCAUCGCGGAGAAGCAGCAUCGGCACAACGCAGCGGACAUCGUAAACAAGUAAAUUACCAUUUCUCAAACAUUUCUAUCAAACAGAUAACUGCAAGCCAAAGUACCAAAUCAAAUCCAAUCCAAACCAAGCAUCCAAAUGCGAAUCUCAAUCCGAACGUAUCCAAAUUGCAUAAGAAUCGGGUUGCGUAGGAGCAUGUCCGCCUUCCUUGUUGCCUGGCCACUUGGCUGGAGCCGCAGCUCCUGUCCAAACCCGAUACCCGGUCUGCAAUACACAAAGCGAUCCGGAUUCGAUCAAGGAGCCAGCGCCAGCCAAGUCAAGUCGGGCCGGGAAAGUACAUUAGCUCUCUAGAUUUUCGAAUAUCAAUUCUCGAUCAUCGAUUCUCUAUUCUGACAGCAGCCAAAGCGAGCAUGUCAAAGCUUUCAUUGCAAUCAACAGCAAGGUACUAGAGAAAAGAACAGAAAAGAAGGCAAAGAAAAUGCAAAAUACUGUUUUGUGUAUAUAGAUCAUCACGUCCGCACCCGAUAUGUCGGCAGCCCGCUUGCCCUACUAUCAGCAGGAUCUGCAGGACCAGCCGGAUGGGCAGCAGCAGCAGCGCCGCGCCGGUCGUGGCCAGCACCGCGGCUACUACGAGCAGCGUGAAUCUGGAUCCCGGCGUGAGCGCAGCCGCUCCACGGAACGCUACAGCCGACGCUACAGUCGGAGCCGUUCUUACUCCCGUAGCCGCAGUCGCUCCGCGGAGCGCUCCUCCGGCCAACGUCGACGGCGUGAUGACCGCCGGCAGCAGCAGUCACGCUAUCAUCGGGACCGCGACUCGAGGGAUCGCUCCAGAGACCGCUCAAGGGAUCGUGAACGUGAACGUGAACGUGAUCGUGACUACUUCAGGCGGUCAAACAACCACCGUCGCUCGGAGUCGCCUGGCUUUGGACCCAGCAGCAGCUCCAGCCAGCGGAGGGGCACUUACGGCGCAUCCUCCAUUGGCAGAGCCGAAAUGAAUGCCGUAUACAAGGCUGCCGCAGCCGCAAGCGCAGCUGCCGAACAGGCCCAGAUGGGCGGAAAAGCUGGCUCCAGUUCCGUCGCAGCUGCCGUGGGUGCCUACUACAAUCUAGAUACUGAGGAGCCCUUCGACAAGGAGCGCAUCCACCGCGAGAUGGAGCAGAAGCUGCGCGAAGCGCUAGCCAGAGAAGGCAAAGUGUAUCCGCCGCCCAAGCCGGAGCCUCCAUCGCAUCCCGUAUUCGCCAACGACGGCUCGUUCAUGGAGUUGUUCAAGAAAAUGCAGGAGGAGCAGAAGCAGCAAGCGAGCGGCGCACACGUGCAGCAACCAGCAGACCUCGCUGCCGGUGGAUUGGAACAUCUGGGUGUGCCACAGCAGUUGCAGCAUCAGCUUUCCGCAUCUGAGACAGCGUCAUCAUCGACAUUGUUGGCAGCAGCUCCCCCGUUGCCGGCCAUUGCGGUGGGGGCGGCCAGCAGUGCUGCCGCUCCCUACAUCGCUGCAGCAGCGGCCGGCAAACUGGCACCACCUCCGCCCAUUGUUGGUCGCCGUCGAGGCGGCAAGAUCCUAAAGACCGGCGUGGUGGCUAAACUCAAGACGCCCAACGAGCGUGACGUUGAUCCGAAGGACUUCUGGUCGCUCUACCUGGCCGAGGUUAACAAGUACAAGAGCAACGCCUGCGACACGGACAACGGCAAACGGCCGCUGGUCAAGUAGUCACUGCAACUGCCGCAACAGCUACCAAAGCUACAGUUUCCCAUAGAAACAUGAACUUGAACGCAGGCAGAACAGCAAGCGUGAACUCCCCAGUUGCAUCCCUACCCUCCUCUUUUUCCCUGACAUUCAGACACACACACAUACACACACGACCUCUGAUUACCCAACUUUCGGAAGCACAGUCCUGUAGUUUUUAAUCGUAGAGGGAGGCGAGCCGGAGACAGCGCGAGCUAUGUAAUUUGUAUUUUUUUCACACGGGUCUCGAGGGACCAGCCGCAGAGCCUCGAAAUUAAAUAUUUGAUGAAAUAAUCAUAGUCUAGAUCGUAAGACGUAGAUUUAUAUGAUAUGUAUCUCUAUAUAUAACAUUAUUGUAUAUACCGCUCAUUCAGCAUCGACAAAUUUGAAAAACUAA